GGUAUAUCAAUAGCUGCGCUGCAUGAAAGGAAAGGGAAAAACAGGACGAGUCCCAUGUGAUCAGCUUAUCCAGUUUUAUCAAAAUUUUCCCAGCGAAAAUUGUUACAAUUAGCCGAUUUCGCUAACAAUGCGAAGAGCGCGGUGCCCAUGACGACAAUAGCGCUGGAAUUCCCUCCACUGGAGCCGCGAGGUGGGGCUUAUAAAAGAGCGGCGGGAAGCUUGGGUGGGCACCAUUACUUCACAGCAGUUCAGUGCAGACCAACCUUUGGUGGACUGGGCCAACACACAACGGACACCAAGAUGAACGUGGAGGACUUCAGGAAGAAUGGCAAGGAGAUGAUCGACUACAUCUGCGACUACGUCGGCGGUAUUAGCGAGCGCAGGGUGACGCCGGCCGUCGAGCCGGGCUACCUGCGGCCGCUGCUGCCGUCGACGGCGCCGCUCAAGCCCGAGUCGUGGUCGGACAUCAUGGCCGACGUCGAGGAGAAGAUCAUGCCCGGUGUGACCCACUGGCAGCAUCCGCGCUUCCACGCCUACUUUCCCUCAGGAAACUCGUUCCCUUCGAUCCUCGGGGACAUGCUGAGCGACGCCAUCGGAUGCAUCGGCUUCUCGUGGGCCGCCAGCCCCGCCUGCACCGAGCUCGAGACCAUCGUGCUCGACUGGCUGGGACAGGCCAUCGGACUGCCAAAGGAGUUCCUCGCCUUCUCCGAGGGUAGCAAGGGCGGCGGUGUUAUUCAGACCUGCGCCAGUGAGUGCGUGCUUGUGAGCAUGCUGGCCGCCCGCGAGCAGGCCAUCCUGAAGCUGAAGCAGGACAACCCCAACGGCACCGACGGCGAGUUGCUCAACACCUUGGUCGCUUACUGCAGCAAGGAGGCACACUCGUGCGUCGAGAAGGCGGCCAAAAUCUGCAUGGUCAAGUUGCGUAUCCUCGAUCCGGACAACCAGUGCAGCCUGCGCGGAAACACAGUCAGAGAUGCCAUGCAUGCUGAUAUGGAGAGCGGCCUGACCCCAUUCUUCAUGUCGACGACCCUUGGAUCGACCUCUUGCUGCUCGUUCGACAACCUGGUCGAGAUCGGACCCGUGUGCAGCGACCUGGACGUGUGGAUGCACGUGGACAGCGCGUACGCGGGCAACGCGUUCAUCUGCGAGGAGUUCAAGCCGCUGAUGCGCGGCAUCGAGCACGCGUCGUCGUUCAACACCAACCCCAACAAGUGGCUACUGACCAACUUCGACUGCUCCACCAUGUGGGUACGCGACAGGUUCAAGCUGACGCAGGCGCUGGUGGUGGACCCGCUGUACCUGCAGCACAACUACAGCGCCCAGAGCAUCGACUACCGCCACUGGGGCGUGCCCCUCAGCCGCCGCUUCAGGGCGCUCAAGCUGUGGUUCGUGCUGCGCUCCUACGGCAUUGACGGCCUCCAGAGGUACAUCAGGAACCACUGCACGCUCGCAAAGCGAUUCGAGCAGCUUGUGCUCAAGGACAGCCGCUUCGAGGUCGCCAAUGACGUCAAGAUGGGCCUCGUUUGCUUCCGUCUUAAGGGCGAAGACAAGCUGACCCAGGAGCUGCUGGCCAAAAUCAACAUUUCAGGCCAACUCCACAUGAUCCCCUCCCUCGUGAACAACAGAUACAUCAUCCGCUUCUGCGUCACCGCGGAACACGCCACAGAAAAUGAUAUUGAUUUCGCGUGGUCUGUGGUGAGCGAUAUGGCGGCCGAGAUUCUCAGCGACCCUAACAACAGACAGCGCCGCCAGUCGCUACUCAAGAGGCGUCUCAGCUUCGUCCGAAGCGUGUCCCGCGAUGUGUUCCAAAGGUCCAAUUCGAGGAGCAGUCUCUACGACGGCUGUUCGCCCGUCAUCAUCUUGGACGAAAACGAUUUGGAGAUUAAGGAGGACGUAUUCACCUUCGCGCCGAUGAAGGAGGAGCUCAACGAGGAGAUCAAAUCCAAGUGAACGCGAGUCUGUUACGCGUCUGCAAAGCUUUUCUGUGAUACUCAUUAUUCAUUCAAUUAUUUGAAUUAUUUAUAUUAUUCUCAUCAUUAUUUAAUAUCGAUUUCUCCCAGACGUGAUUGUCGACUUUAUAUCAAAAAUGGGAAUGGGAACGAUUUGUAGUUGUGAUCAAAUCGCUAAACGUCAUAUUUUGUACUUUGCCAGUAAGUUAAAUAAAAAAUAGGUUUACCGGUUUAAAA